AUGACACCAACCCAAAUCCCAAUUGUGGAUUCCCACAUCCACCUCUUCCCAGAAACACACCUGAAAACCCUAUCCUGGCACAACGCCAACAACCCCCUAGGCACGCAACACAGCGUAAACGAAUACCGCCACGCAGCAACACAAUCCAACACCACCACUCCGCUCCUCCGGGGCUUUAUAUUCCUCGAAACAGACCGUCUCUCCUCAAUAACCGACUCAACCCCACCAAACCACGGCUGGCAACACGCCCUAGACGAAGUCUCCCUCCUAACACGCAUAGCCCUCGGUACACCAGUCCCAGGCGAGGGCCACGUCCCACAAGACAAAUCCCUCUGUCUGGGGAUUGUGCCGUGGGCGCCUGUUCCCGGUGGACCGGAUGUGUUGAGCGCGUAUAUGGAGCAGGUCCGUGGUCGCACUGGGGAGGUUGUUUGGGGGAAGGUUAGGGGGGUUAGGUAUUUGGUGCAGGAUAAGGUUGCAGGCACGAUGCUUGAGGGUGAGUUUGUGGAGGGUUUGAGGUGGUUGGGGAGGGAGGGACUUGUUUUUGAUCUUGGGGUUGAUGCGAGGUCUGGUGGGUUGGGGCAGUUGAGGGAGGCGGUUGAGAUGAUGGGGUUGGCUUAUAGGGGGUUGGAGGGGGAUCGGGCGGUUACGAUUGUCAUUAAUCAUUUGUGCAAGCCUAACCUUCGUCUGGUGGAUGAUGUUCACUCUCAUCCCGAGUUCCUUGAGUGGAAGGAUCUUGUCACUAAAAUGGCGAAGGUGAAUCCUAGGACUUAUAUGAAGCUUUCUGGGGCGUUUUCGGAGCUUCUACCGCUAGAGGGGGAGUCGGAACCGGAUUUUGGGGCAAUCGUUGAGCGCGUGCAGCCAUGGACUGAUGUUGUUUUUGAUGCUUUCGGGACGGAUCGUGUUAUGUUUGGAUCGGACUGGCCGGUGUGUAAUGUUGGUGGUGGUGGGAAUGAUGUGUCUUGGGGUAGAUGGGCACGUGUAGUGGAGGAGAUCCUGGAACGGAGGGGGCUGUCUGAGGAACAAAAGAGGGAUGUAUGGGGAUCUGUUGCUUUGCGUGCUUAUGGUAUAGAGAUCUAA